AUGGACACAAAGUGGGUGACGUCUGAGUUGGCAUGGACAGCUCAUCCUGAGAGUGGGUGGGAAGAGGUAAGCGGCUACGACGAGGCCAUGAACCCCAUCCGCACGUACCAGGUGUGCAACGUGCUUGAAUCCAGCCAGAACAACUGGCUGCGCACUGGCUUCAUCUGGCGGCAGGAUGUGCAGCGGGUCUACGUGGAGCUCAAGUUCACGGUGCGGGACUGCAACAGCAUCCCCAAUAUCCCAGGCUCCUGCAAAGAGACCUUUAACCUCUUCUAUUAUGAGGCAGACAGCGAUGUGGCCUCGGACUCCUCUCCCUUCUGGAUGGAGAACCCCUACGUCAAGGUGGACACCAUUGCGCCUGAUGAGAGCUUCUCGAGGCUGGAUGCUGGCCGGGUCAAUACCAAGGUGCGCAGCUUCGGGCCGCUGUCCAAGGCCGGCUUCUACCUGGCCUUCCAGGACCAGGGCGCCUGCAUGUCUCUCAUCUCUGUGCGUGCCUUCUACAAGAAAUGCGCCUCCACCACAGCCGGCUUCGCCCUCUUCCCUGAGACCCUCACGGGCUCAGAGCCGACCUCGCUCGUCAUUGCCCCUGGCACCUGUAUCCCUAAUGCUGUGGAGGUGUCAGUACCACUGAAGCUCUACUGCAACGGUGAUGGAGAGUGGAUGGUGCCUGUGGGGGCCUGCACCUGCGCCAUGGGCCACGAGCCAGCUGCCAAAGAGUCCCAGUGCCGCCCCUGCCCCCCUGGAAGCUACAAGGCGAAGCAGGGAGAGGGGCCCUGCCUGCCCUGCCCCCCCAACAGCCGCACCACUACUCCUGCUGCCAGCAUCUGUGUCUGCCACAACAACUUCUACCGCGCAGACUCCGACUCUGCCAACACCGCCUGCACCACGGUGCCUUCCCCACCCCGGGGCGUCAUUUCCAACGUGAACGAGACCUCGCUGGUCCUGGAGUGGAGUGAACCCCGUGACCUAGGGGGCCGUGAGGACCUCCUCUACAACGUCAUCUGCAAGAAGUGCCGUGGGGGCCCCGGGCCUGUGGGGACCCCCACCUGCUCCCGCUGUGAUGACAAUGUGGAGUUCGUACCCCGGCAGCUGGGCCUGACCGAACGGCGUGUCCACAUCAGCCACCUGCUAGCCCACACACGCUACACUUUUGAGGUGCAGGCUGUCAACGGGGUGUCGGGAAAGAGCCCCCUGCCACCCCGCUACGCCGCAGUGAACAUCACCACCAACCAGGCUGCCCCCUCCGAAGUGCCUACUCUGCAUCUACAUAGCAGCACGGGCAGCAGCCUGACCCUGUCCUGGGCACCCCCAGAGCGGCCGAAUGGUGUCAUCCUGGACUACGAGAUGAAGUACUUUGAGAAGAAUGAGGGCAUUGCAUCCACAGUGACCAGCCAGAAGAACUCUGUGCAGCUGGAUGGGCUGCGGCCCGAAGCCCGUUACGUGGUGCAGGUUCGAGCCCGCACGGUGGCUGGCUACGGACAGUAUAGCCACCCUGCUGAGUUCCAGACCACCAGUGAGAGAGGUUCCGGGGCCCAGCAGCUGAAGGAGCAGCUGCCCCUCAUCGUGGGAUCUGCCAUGGCGGGAUUGGUGUUUGUGGUGGCUGUCGUGGUCAUUGCUAUCGUCUGCCUCAGGAAGCAGCGACACCCUUCGGAUUCGGAGUACACAGAAAAGCUGCAGCAAUACAUUGCUCCCGGAAUGAAGGUGUAUAUCGACCCAUUCACCUAUGAAGACCCUAACGAGGCCGUGCGCGAAUUCGCCAAGGAAAUCGAUGUGUCCUGUGUCAAGAUCGAAGAGGUGAUAGGAGCUGGGGAGUUUGGAGAAGUGUGCCGGGGCCGUCUCAAGCAGCCUGGUCGCAGGGAGGUAUUCGUGGCUAUCAAGACGUUGAAGGUGGGCUACACAGAGCGGCAGCGGCGGGACUUCCUGAGCGAGGCCUCCAUCAUGGGGCAGUUUGAUCACCCCAACAUCAUCCGCCUGGAGGGGGUGGUCACCAAAAGCCGGCCGGUCAUGAUCCUCACCGAGUUCAUGGAGAACUGUGCCCUGGACUCCUUCCUCCGACUCAAUGACGGGCAGUUCACAGUCAUCCAGCUGGUAGGCAUGCUGCGGGGCAUUGCGGCGGGCAUGAAGUACCUGUCUGAGAUGAACUAUGUGCAUCGGGACCUGGCCGCCCGCAACAUCCUGGUCAACAGUAACUUGGUGUGCAAAGUCUCUGACUUUGGCCUCUCUCGAUUCCUGGAGGACGACCCCUCAGAUCCCACCUACACAAGCUCCUUGGGUGGGAAGAUCCCUAUCCGCUGGACGGCCCCGGAGGCCAUUGCCUACCGCAAGUUCACCUCCGCCAGUGACGUGUGGAGCUAUGGCAUCGUCAUGUGGGAGGUGAUGAGCUACGGAGAGCGGCCGUACUGGGACAUGACCAACCAGGAUGUCAUCAAUGCUGUGGAACAGGAUUACCGGCUGCCCCCACCCAUGGACUGCCCCACAGCGCUGCACCAGCUUAUGCUGGACUGCUGGGUGCGGGACCGGAACCUUAGACCCAAAUUCUCCCAGAUUGUCAACACCCUGGACAAGCUCAUCCGUAACGCUGCCAGUCUUAAGAUCAUCGCCAGUGCCCAGUCUGGUAUGUCCCAACCCCUCCUGGACCGCACGGUCCCCGACUACACCACCUUCACGACGGUGGGGGACUGGCUGGACGCCAUCAAGAUGGGGCGCUACAAGGAGAGCUUUAUCAGCGCAGGCUUUGCAUCCUUCGACCUUGUGGCCCAGAUGACGGCAGAAGACCUGCUUCGGAUAGGGGUCACCUUGGCUGGUCACCAGAAGAAGAUCCUGAGCAGUAUCCAGGAUAUGCGGCUGCAGAUGAACCAGACGUUGCCUGUGCAGGUCUGACACCUGAAUCCCACCAGGAGGGAGCCCUGCCCCCCAGGACGGCGCAAGAACCAACCAGCCAGCUGGACUGACGGACUUUUGGGUGUUGCCUGGCCGUUAGGCCGGUGGCCCAGAAGAUGGAAGUUUGGGGAAAGCCCCAACUGAGACUUCACCUGGCCUGUGCUCCCUUUUUGGCAAGUGUGGCCCAAACCUCUUCAUAUUGAAGAUGGAUUAGGAGAGGGGGCGAUGUACCCUCCCCGCACCCUUCAGGGCCUUGGCCUCUCUGCUUUCCAGUGGGGGACCCCUGCCAUAUCAGACUUGACUGUUUGGUGCCAGAGGGGGUUCCCAGCA